GAAGAAGGCCGCCACUCACCCCCAAGCUCGGGACAGAAUACGGGAACCAACGGCUGGGGGGAUAUCCUUGGCUGAAAAAGAAUUUGAAGACGAUCGAUCGAUCAUUGUUAAUGGGGAUUGGGAUUGUCAAUUGAUGACUGGACUGCGACGUUGCAGGUGACUGACUGACUUGACUAACUACUGGGCUUGCUCAGCGGGCUGGACUGGACUGGCCUUGGGCUGGCUGGGUUUUGGAUCAGACUGAACUGGGCUAAAUAAUAAAUAAAUAACUCAAGCCGGCUGAACACCUUGAAGCCGCUAGAGGCUGGGCGGGAGGCCAGACAGUGGAAAACCCGGGGAAAACCCGGGGAAUAAAAUAAAAAAAAAAGAAGGGCGGGAGAACGAAAAAAGAAAACAUGGAACCUUGGAAAACUCGCCGGGUAACGUGACAUGAUGAAAAGCCAGAACUAUUCAUAGCUUAUAGCUACAGAGUAGUUACAUUUUGUUUCGUUAAGUUAGUUAUUAGUUGUAACCGAGAACAACAAGAGAAUAGGAAUGCUCUGGCUGAUGAAAUGCCUGAAAGAAAGACGCCAAAAGCUCUCCCGAAGAUUCUUGUCAAACAAUAACAUUUCUAAACUACUGUUGUUGGCCAGCAACCUUGGAAUUACUAUGACACUCCGAAUAAAACCAGGUAAAGACCAAGUAAAGUAUAUAUGCGUCCAUUUUUUAAUGGAUAUCAGGGCCCCUUUCUCUUAUAGCCUUCCCUUCCCCCCUUCAAAGUCUCCCGAGGGCCAAGCAAGGCUGUGGCGCAAAACCUUCAGUGGGCCGCGGAUUGCCGCGCGGAGAGUGAGUGGAAACGAACAAAUCCCCAUGUGAUAUAGAGCAUGGGGAAAAGAAGAAAAAGUAAGGAAAAGAAAACGAAAAAGUUCCUGGCUGAGACAAGGAUGAGACUGUAGUACUACUGAUGGAAACAGAUUACCAUAGAAUUUACAAAGAAAUGCGGUAUUUAUUUAAUAGGGAGUCUGAUCUUCAAUGUUCGGAUAUAGCUGGUGGUUGUAAGUAACCAAGAGACAUUGAUACAGAUGCUUAGAAGCGGCUUAUAGAGUAAUAAGUAUACAUGUACAUGUAUACAAAACAUGUACCUAGCGACCGUCGGAAUCGAUGAGGAAUAAUAUUAAAUAAUAGCGAACAGGGAAUCACCAGGAUAGGGGGAUUUUGAACACUGCCACGCCUCCCCCCCUUCCCUCCCUCCUCCCCAAGGACAAGGAAGAUGUAAUCUUCUUGGGAGAUAUCUGGAUUGAGGGGCACAUUCUUCUACAUUAUUAUUAAUAUCAACUAUUAUUGCUUUGUUACCAGUCCAGACGGCAGCACACGAACAAGAGAACCUACCCCCCUUAACAUAGGAAGGAUCUAUGGAUGUACUGUACUCCGUACUCGGUUCAGUUCCAUGUCGUCAUUCCACGGCG